AUGACUGCUGUAAAUGCAAAUCCUGUUCAAUCUUGGCGCUUACAACCAACUUUGUUUUCUUCCUGGCAAAGACUGGUUCGAGUCCGAGGGUGGGUUAAUCGGUUUAUAACCAACUGUAGAACUGUUGAUGGUCGCAUUCACGGAGAGUUGACUUCUGAUGAAAUCAGAGAUGUAGAGAACGCAAUUAUAGCAGAGUCUCAAAGAGAAUCCUUUCCAUUAGAACUGCAAGCACUUCAAUGUGAAAAGGAACUGCCGAAAAAUAGCAAACUACUUGGUCUGUGUCCCUGUCUACACGAAAAUGGCCUGAUUAGAUCGAACGGACGACUACAGUAUGCUGAAUUUCUACCUUUCGACGUCCGGUUCCCAAUCAUUCUACCGAGGAAGCACUGGGUUAUCAAAUUAUUGGUAAAGUAUUACCAUGAGCAAGGCCGUCAUAUUGGUGGUAUUAACCAAACCCUUGCUGAUAUCUCUUCACGAUUCUGGAUUGUGUCAGGGCGUGAAGAAGUCCGGGAUUGGGAAAAAGAGUGUUCAGAAUGUACACGAAGAAACGCAAAGGCAGCGACUCAAAUAAUGGCACCACUUCCAAACAUUCGAUUAAAAACCUCAAUGAAGGCAUUUUGUUACACGGGUGUCGAUUAUGCUGGUCCAUUUUACACCGUACAAGGAAGAGGAAAACGUCGACAAAAACGAUACCUUUGUCUAUUUACCUGCUUAUCCUGCAGAGCAGUCCAUCUCGAAAUGGCCUUUUCUAUGGAUACAGAUUCAUUUCUUAACGCAUUUUAUCGGAUCGUAAAUCGGCGAGGCUUACCCGAGGAGAUGAUUUCGGACAACGGAACUAAUUUCGUUGGGGCCGAAAAGGAAUUACGUCAGCUGGUUAAACGACUAGACAAGAACAGAAUUAUAGCAUCGACGUCAAAUAAAGGGUUGAAAUGGCUUUUCAAUCCGCCACACGCACCGCACUUUGGAGGAGUGUUUGAAACAAUGGUUAAGUCCGCAAAGAAAGCGAUUUAUGCCAUAUUUGGAUCAGCAGACAUUUCGGACGAGGAACUAUUGUCAGCCUUUACGGGUGCUGAGGCACUCAUUAAUUCGCGUCCCCUUACCUAUCAAUCAGCGAGCCUCAAAGAUAACAUUCCAUUAACACCAAAUCAUUUCUUAGUUGGUCAAGUCGGAGGAAAAUUUGCCCCAGAAAGCGUGGACGAGACUGAUUUCAAUCCAAGAAAAAGAUGGAGACGAGUACAGGAGUUAGUACGCCAUUUCUGGCACAGAUGGCUUAGAGAAUGGCUGCCGACUUUAAAUCGACGGAAAAAGUGGCAACAGCUACAAAAGGAUGUCAAAAAGGGUGAUGUAGUUUAG